UUGUGGAUUUUCUCACACUUCACUCUACAACAGCUUCUCUUAGACAAACAUUGUAAUGAAACGAAAUCAUACACGUGUUAUGUUAGGCAUGAAUACAGGUACGUAUAAAAAAUGACUGUACAGCGAAGAAGAAUCAUAAAAAGCUCGGAAAGUGGCGCCAAUGACAAAAAAAUUAAGAGGGGAAAUUCACAGAGACAGGAGGCCUCAUCCUGGAGGCAUAAUGUGAGCAUUCUGAUGAUGCUCGGAGCCGGUGGGCUUGUGAGCUGGAUAUAUUUUACAUGGACUGAUGACUUGACGCACACCUUGGUUUCAAGUGGGGAGAUCCUCACACAGCCAAGAGUCUUCAUAGUUGACUGCUCUGAGGACUACAAGAAGUACAAACUCUUUACAGGUUGCACCCCAACAAAAUGCGGCCGAGCCAUUUCAGACAAUGUUGUGACUUUGGAGGAAGCACGAAAGCUUAGAAGGUUAGCUGAACAAGGUUUAUCACUGGCUGGAUCAGAUGGUGGGGCAUCCAUUCUGGACCUUCACUCCGGAGCUCUAUCGAUGGGCGAGCAGUUUGUGAACGUAUACAGAUAUUUUAAGGAGCAGAUAAGAUAUGUUUUCACUGAGGAAGAUUUUCUACUGUAUAGUGAUGUCCGUGGGCGAAUUCAAAAGGCAAUAGCUGAAACGUUUGGUCUGGACUUCUCAAAGAUGUACCUCACCAAACCCACCUUCUUCUCUCGCAUCAACAGCAGCUCUGCCAAAACCACUCACGACGAGUACUGGCAUCCUCACAUCGAUAAGGAGACCUAUGGAUCCUUCGAUUACACAUCAUUACUGUAUUUGUCUGAUUAUGGUGUGGACUUUGGUGGUGGACGGUUUGUUUUCAUGGACUCCAGCAGCAACAGAACCGUCGAGCCACGUGCUGGUCGGGUGUCUUUCUUCUCAUCUGGUUCGGAGAACCUUCACCUUGUGGAGAAGGUCAAUUGGGGUACACGAUACGCCAUUACAGUGUCCUUCACAUGUGACCCUGAAUUUGCCAUUGAUAACCCCUCCCUGCCGUAGGAUCCUCCUCACUGAGGGUGAUGAGUCAAAGGAACCCUAUGGAGAACACACCGAAGAAAACUGUCAUCUGGCACAUAUAGUGAACCUCAGACCGAAUCAUUUGAAAACUAUACUGCAUUGGCUGUUUUGUUUUUAACUAAAAAGCUGUUUUGUAUUGUGAAGAGAUUUGCUCGGAUUGUCAUUUUGUAGGCCAUCAUUUUAAGGGUUUGACUUCUUUCAAAAGAUGGUUGUUGGAAUUGUCUCUUUCCUGGCUGCGCCUCACUCUUAAAAGAAAUCUUUUGUAUUAUAGUUAAAUCAUCGUCUAGACAAGCGACGCAGGCGAGAUGACAGAACAGGUGUGUGUAAUGAAAAGCAGAGAUUGGAAAACAGGGUUAUUAAAUGUAUUUACUUUCAGCCCUGAAUUUUUUUCCCCUAGAAUUGCUUUGUAAAACGACUUCAUGAAACCUUAAAGCAUUAGAUAACUAUGAGAGAACAAAAGUUAAGUAUUUUAUCAGUGAUGUCUCUAUUUUAGUAUCACUUUACAAGAAGGUUGUAUUUGUUAACAUGCAUUAACUAACAUGAACUUACAAUGAGCUUAUAGUUUUUUCAGCAUGUAUUAAUGCUUGUUAACCGAACAGUUCACAAAAUUCGGUCAUCAUUUAUUUCUUUGUUCUGAUAUUUUGAAGAAUGUAGAAAAGCAAACAAUUCUUGGCCACUACUGACAACCGUAGUAGGAAAAAUGACAAUGGUAGUCAAAAUAAACUGUUUGCUUUCCUACAGUAUUCAAAAAAAUGUGUUCAGCAGAUCAAAGAAAUUUAUAAAGCAAUUUUUCCUGCUGUCAGUACAGUUAAACACGUUAGUUUAUGAUGCAUUAACUAAUGUUAACAGUAAUGCAGUUUGAUUUUAGAAAUUUGUUAGUAAAUGAUGAAUUAAGAUUAAUAAAUGAUCUAGUAGUAUUCUUCAUUGUCCGUUCAUGUUGAUGCAUUAACUAGGCCUAAAUGUUAACAAAUAGAAACCUUAUUGUAAAGUGUUACCAAAAUAUUUGUACAUUUUCCUAUAGCUUAAAAAACAUUUUUGACAUGGCAUUUCCAUGUGUCUUACAUUACAAUAUCACAUUUACAAAUCUUAGUUUUUGGAAAAUGCAUUCCCCCUCCACAGUGAAAGUGGAGAGGGAAUGCAUCGUUUUUUUAGUGAAUGACAUUAAGGUAAAAUUCAAUCUCAACCUGUUCAAACAACACCUGUUUUUUCGACAACUUGUUUUGCUACAGGCCUAAGGGCUAAACCUGCAUGCUGUCACUUCUGUUGUGUGACUUUUAAAGAGAUCAGAAAAAGGCUGGUGCUUCUCUUACUAAGGUUAUUCUUGAAAUGUUCUCUUCUAUAGUGUUCCUUCAGUAUUGAUGUUGAAUUUUUUGGCCCUUAUGUUCGGUAUCUGUUCAAACCUCUGACAGCGGUGAAUUCAGGUUUGAGAUGUUUGCAUCCAAUGCCUCUUCUUAAGAUGCACGCGUCAGUGUUAUUAAAAUAGAAAUGAUGCUCGAUUAAGACCUCUUGUUUGUGUGUACUGAUGCGCAAUGAUUCAUGACCCGGAUUUUGGCUGAUGUUUAUAUUGCCGUUUCUGUUUAUUUUCACAUCAGCAGCAAUGUAAUUGGAAAUCUCUCUUGGUCUAUAAUGUUCCUUUUUUUUGUUGCUGAUUUAUUCAUGCUGUACUGUGUGAAUGAAUAUGAACUAGUGUGCAGAAAUCCGUUUAGGUUUAUGCAAAACAAACUGGUCUGCCAACAGCAUCCAAGGCUGUGGGCCGUUCCCGAUGCCUUUCUUAACAGGCUUAACCGCUGAUCGGACAGAGGGUUCGGUACAUAGAGGAACAACCUACAGUAUAUCUGAUGAAGUGGCUCAUUUUUUUGUUAUGAAAUAGCAUUUGUUUGGGAUGAUGUGGUUCAAUGUGCCUGUGCGUGAUUUGUAAUAAUCUUUAUUUUUCUGUUUGUGUUGAAACGUGAUGCACUCCCCGGAGGUAUUAUAGAUGUUUUACAUAGGGGUGGGAGAGUCCUCUGUCAACUAGUGAUCCUUUUUAAAUCCAUUUUUAUCUUCAGAUCUAUCUUAAUCUUAUUAGACUCAUACGUGUGUUAUAUCGUCCUGAAGAUUACACUGUGUGAGUAUCAACAGAUGUUAAGCCAGAUUUAUAAUCAUGUUUCAACAGGAAUGCAAAUUCACAGCUGAUAAGAAUGGCUUUUGGGAGGGAGGGGAGGAGGUUUUUGCCUGUGCAUGUUGUGGUGUUAAAGAACAGAUGUUGCUAAUUUAAUAUUUUGCAAAAACAAAUGAUGGACAUCUUCAAGCCUGCAGUUUGACCUGAAGACUCUUUCUAGAGUUAAUUAGCAUGACUGCCCAUUUGCAGUGCCCAAAAAUAACACGUACAACCGAAAUGUCACUCAUUUAAUUUCUUCAACAGACUAAUAAAUACUAAUGGAAAGGCUGACUGGCGCCUUCAGCCCAAGGUUGUGCAAAUAUCAAAUGUGAUUUUAAUACGAGUGUUAGAUACAUCUGACUCAGUUCUUCCACUUUUGAGCCAAUCCUUCCAUUAUGAAAUGAGAGUAAGACUUGGCACUGAGAGCGGCUGAAAAACUUGUAACUACUUGACCCUGGUCUGAGCUUCAAGCCACUCUUGAGUUUGACCAUUGUAUAAAAAGUCAGACCCCAGUAUAGCCUCUGUUCUUUUGUCUCCAGAGAACUGUAGAAAUCUUACACUUCCACAUUGUGUCUUUCCCUCAAUUUCCACGGCUGAAAGACCAUCAAAUCCAUUCUAACAUUGUAAACAGAAACAAUCAUUUUGAGGGUUUGUGCUCUUUGACCGCAAGAGGAUUAUUUGUCAUGCCUUUUGAUAUUGCUGAUUUGGAAUGUCAUUAUAAAUUACCUUUACCCAACGAUUUGAGGGAUGAAGACCAUGCAAAUUGUCAGUAUGACAGUGUGGAAUUCAUGGGAGAAAUGCUAAUUCACAUGCAUGGUGCAGUGUACCGUCUUGUGCUGAGGAGGUUGAGCGUGAAAACCUUUGAAACCACCUGCUUUUCUGUUGCAGAGGUUUCCGGAAAUGUGCCCGAUUAUUGACAGAGUAAAAUGCAUUAGCGUAUGAAGAACAGAGUUCAAAUACAUGAAUAUUCAUAGGCGAACUCUCUGAGUUUAGCAUUAACUAAAUGUCACAAUAUGGGGGGGGGGGUAUGAUUACCAUGAGCUGGGAAGGUAUAUUUCAGAAUCAGAGAUUUGCAGAGUUCAGAGAUUUUUGCAAUACAUAAAUGGAUCUGUACUUAUCUCUCAGAUUAGUAAGGCAACAUUUGUUUCUUCCUAUUGGCUUUAUUGGCUAUUUGAAGUCUAAGUGUGAUCUAGUGUUCGAAAUAAAUGUGUUGGUGUGUAUUAUUGUAAUGCUAUGGAUCAAAGCCAUAUGUCAGAUAUUAGUAUAGGUUCAUUUAACUUCCUUUUCCAGUGUAGAGGAACUUGUUAUAUUUGAUCAUUCAGAUUAAAUUUGGGACUAAAUUUAAAUCUGAAGAAUAUUUUAUUGUAAAGAUAUAUUUGAAUAAUUUCUGAUUUCACUUUGAUUUGUUAGUUUGUCAAUGAAAAAACGUCCUUCUUUACUGCUUUACUUUCAGCAUCCACAUGCUGUCAACAAAAUAUGUUUUUUGUUCCUCUCUUGUACAUCCAGGCAAUCAUACCCAUCUGUCAAGGCAACCACCUUGAUACCUGCCUGUCACUAAUGUAAACAGUCA